GGAGGUUCUGAGACUUCUGAGUCUUCCGACAGGGAUGGAAAGAAAAGUGACCUUAGAUGAUUUCAAAGUUGGAUCUGUUCCGACUUUAAUAUACAUCCCGGACUUCAUUACGGAUAAUGAACAAACCAUGCUUCUAAAUAAGAUUUAUGAAGGCCCAGUAUCAAAGUGGAAAUCAUUAAAGAAUAGGAGGUUACACAACUGGGGCAGUAUUGUCCAUGAAAAGGGUCUUCUGCCACAGGAUUUGCCAUCAUGGCUAACCAAGAUUACAUGCAAGAUAUAUGAAGAAUCAGGGCUGUUCCCAUUGCCAAUUAAUCAUGUCCUUGGAAUGCUAUACUAUAGUUAACUGGCAUUUUGUAAAAUAUCC